ACGCGGCGUUAAGUAAUUUUAAUUAAUAAAUUAUUUCCCGCAUCUGCUGCUCGAUUCUCCUCUCAUUUUUGGUGUGAUCGAGUCGAGCAGUUUCGUCGAUUGGGAUUUUUAGCUACAGUUGAAGCUUUAUCUGCGGACUAUUAUUCUGGAUUGAAUGCCAGUUUUUGAUGAAUUUUCUGGCACGGAGAGCGAUUAGGUUCUAGGUGAGAUGGAAGUGGAAUUGGUUACCGAUGAUAAUUCCGAGGAUGAAAACUACGGUUUUGAUGAUGGUGGUGCGGACUAUUCGAGUUUCGAGGGCGAAAGGUGUGGGAUUUGUAGUGAUGUUGUGAUUGACAGAGGUGUGCUUGAUUGCUGCCAGCAUUGGUUCUGUUUUACUUGCAUCGACAAUUGGGCGACCAUCACGAGCCUUUGUCCCCUUUGCCAGAAUGAGUUUCAACUUAUAACCUGUGUGCCUGUAUAUGAUACAGUUGGUGGCAACAAGACUGAUGAGGAUACAGCUCCAAGAGAUGAUGACUGGUUCAUUGAAGGGAAAAAUAACACUCUUUCAUUUCCUUCAUACUAUAUUGAUGAAAAUGCAGUUGUCUGCUUGGAUGGAAAUGACUGCAAAAUUAGGAGUGGGCUUGUGGCAAUCGAAGAAGAUUUAGAUAUUGAUACAUCCAUUGCUUGUGAUUUUUGUGAUAAAUGGUACCAUGCCCUUUGUGUGGGGUUUGACCCUGAAAGCACUUCUGAUAGCUCAUGGCUGUGCCCACGGUGCAUUACUGAGAAUGACUCAAAGAAGUCAGACAGGGUUUCUGAUUUGAGAAAAAGCUACCAAAGUAGCUUCGACAUCUCCACUGGUGAUUUUCUAGCUGAAACUUCCUUCUCUGGUAGAGUAUCAGUAUCUGUGGCUGAUGAAGGUGAGACAGCUGUGGUUGUCUCACUUGUUGACCGAAAUCAAGGGACCCAAAAACCAAGUGACUCAGUAUUUGGGUGUAGCACAAAUGUGGAGAACACUGAGUUAUUCAAUUCUAUAUCCAACUUGCUUGAAUCAGAAGUGCUUCCUGGCAAUGAACCUAAAUCAGUUCAAGACAUGGAACUUCUCCUAUCUCAAGAUAAUUGUUUUGGGGCAUUGCCUUCUGUAUCACCCCCCUCCGAGGUAAAGAUAUUUGCUGAUGAUUCAUCUGGAUGGUCCCCAAUACAUGUAGUUAGUGACAUGACCGACCCUGGUUUGAAUCUUGGUCUUGGUACGGCCACGGGCACUGAUACAUCUGGAGACAUGAAAUCCACUGGCAUAACUGAAGAUAAUGCGUCUGGAAUGGUGGAAUUGAAAAGAACCACAGAAGAUCCUUUAUCAGUUGAAGACAUGGAGCCCAAUAAAAUCGAAGUGAUCUUACCCAAAACCUUGAUAGCUGAUGAGGAAGAACCCAUAAGUGAACAUGUUGGUUAUAAAAGAAAGCAAACAGAGAGCAGUGAUGCGCAUGGAAAUGCUGACGAUGAAGAAACAGAAGUUAAUACUGAGACCAGAUUUUCUCGAAAGAAAAGGAAAGCUGAAAGCAGCAGUCAGCCUGAUAGUCUGGUGGAUGAAACAUCAUUAUUUGAAGAACCCAAAACAUUAUAUCCUCAAAGUAGUUCCAGGGAUAACAGAGUUAAGUGCAGGUCUGAAAAGGAGAGCAGUACUUCUGUAAUGGAUAUAGUUCAGGGGUCGGAUCGGAAAUCUCUUAAACAGCUUGGAAAUAAAAAAUCAUCUGACAUAAGGCUCAAAAAGAUAAUGAGGAGAGCAGGCGAAGAUCAAGAUUCUUUGGUUCUUGUUCAAGAGAUUAGACAAAAAAUCAGAGAAGCAGCUCGUAACAAAUCCUCCGAUGAUAUUAGACAAAAGCUUUUUGAUCCAAAACUUUUGGAUGCUUUCCGGACUGCUUUGGCUGGAUCCGCGACUGAAAAUAGAAAUCCAACUCUGGAUGUGAAAGCCAAGAAGGCAUUGUUGCAAAAGGGAAAAAUACGUGAAAGUUUGACGAAGAAAAUAUAUGGAGCUGGCGGAAAGCGACAACGGGAUUGGACUAGGGAAUGUGAAGUAGAGUUCUGGAAACACCGCUGCAUAAAGGCAUCAAAGCCUGAAAAGAUUCAAACAUUACAAUCAGUUCUGGACCUCCUCAGAGACAACUCUAACAGUGGGAAGAAGAAAGUACCUGAGAAUGACGACGAGGCAAAGGGUUCUAUUCUUUCAAGAUUGUAUUUAGCCGACUCUUCUGUCUUCCCACGUAAGAAUGAUAUCAAACCUGUCUCUGCCUUGAAAGCUCCCGAUGCUUCUGAAGAGAAAAGUGGAAGUGAUUCGACUAAAAAAGUCUCGGCACCACCACCCAUUGAUAAGUCUCAGGCUAUUGUUCCUCCUUCAAAUGUUAAUGAUACGAAGAAGAUUGAGGCACAUUCCAAAAAAGGAUCUUCUGCAUCACGUCCUCCCGUAUCAGGUAGCACGAAAGUCUCUUCAGAGAAGAACUCAGCAAGUAAACCCGGGGAUAAAAGAAAAUGGGCAUUAGAACUUCUAGCAAGAAAGACAGCAACCUCAACCAAGCGCACGCAAGACAGCGAAGAGGAUAAAGUGAUUCUCAAAGGACACUAUCCUUUACUGGCUCAACUACCAAAAGACUCGCGGCCUGUUUUGGCUUCUGCUCGUCAUAAUAAAGUCCCUGUAUCGAUUAGGCAGGCUCAACUUUAUCGCCUGGCCGAGCACUUUCUGAAGAAAGCAAAUCUGUCCACAGCUUGUAGAUCUGCUGAAACAGAAUUGGCUGUUGCUGACGCAGUUAAUAUCGAAAAGCAAAUUGCUGACAGGUCUAAUAGCAAGCUUGUGUACAUGAAUCUGUGUUCUCAGGAGAUACGUAAGAUACCCGACACAUUUGAGUCAGACCGAGCUAAUGAAUCGAAUCCUAACUCCACUUCCGAUCGCCUCCCUGACGAACCAUGUGAGGUAAACAAUAAUGUUUCUUUGGAUUCUGCAGUCGAUGAGGCUUUGAGAAAUGCUGGGCUCAUGUCGGAUUCUCCUCCAAAUAGUCCUGACCAUCCAACAGAGGGCACUUGUAGUGGAGCUGAUUUAUCGGAAAAGGCCGAGGAGGAGGACGGGCCGGAGAAUGUAAUCGAGGCUGAUCCGCAUCCGGAUCUUGACAUUUAUGGCGACUUUGAGUAUAAUUUGGAAGACGACGAUUUCAUUGGCGCCAGUUCUUUUACUGUAUCUAACCAGCAGCAAGAAGAGCCGAAGAUCAAACUGUUGUUUUCCUCGCUUAAUUCCGAGAGGCUGAAUGAUAAUCCAGAUACGGCGAAUCAUGAAACCUCGACCUCGACGGUUGUUGAAGCUGAAGCUGGUUCAUCCGGCCUGCCUGGCUCACGGAAUGAAGGGGCGGCUGUCGAUAAUGGGGUAGUCGAUCACGUCGAUGACCAGAUCGUUCGAAAUUCUUUAGGUGAUAAUGAUGGGGAGCCUUCUAUUGCAGAAUGUGAAGAACUCUAUGGACCUGAUAAAGAACCAAUUGUUAAUAAGUAUCCGGAGACUCUACCCGUGGCUCCAUUGGAUUUAUCCCAAAAUAAUGAAUCAUUGCCUAAGGAUAACGGCGAUUGUGCGCCUAAAAAGAUGAACAAUGAUUCCGGACAACCAGCUGGGAAUAUAAUGGAGAGCUUAGAACCGGCACUGGAUGGAUCUAAACAGCAGUCGUCGGACAAGAGAAAGACGGCCAAAAGAGACUCGAAACAAUCGGAGCCAAAUAGUGAAGUUAUGAAGAAGGUCGAAUCGUACAUAAAAGAGCACAUAAGGCCUCUUUGCAAGAGCGGUGUGAUCACAGUCGAGCAAUACCGUUGGGCGGUGGGGAAAACUACGGAGAAAGUCAUGAAGUACCACGCCAAGGAAAAGAACGCCAACUUUCUCAUUAAGGAAGGCGAGAAAGUGAAGAAACUCGCCAGUCAGUACGUCGAAGCGGCUGCUACGCAGCUGCCGCCGCCUAAGACGAAAAGCUGAACAACGGAAAUCGUCCUUUGCUCGACGCUUCAGGUAUGUCUUCUUCUUCAUGUUUUUCCCUCUCUCACAGCAUCACCUUUCAUGUUGAAUCUAACUACUAUAACCAUGAGGGGAAAAAAAAAGGGAAAGCAUAUUUUGCGUAUCUAUUUCUACUAUUUUUUAUUUUUUA